AUGGAGGUUUAUUUGAAUGCCCCCACUACCAAAACGAUGAUGGCUUCACUGCAACACAUCGAAACCAUAAUCCCUCAGCCAACAUUGCAAGGUUUAUGCGACAAUAUUCAUGAUAAUGACAAUGAUAUCGAUUUGCUAUUGGACUGGUUGAGACCGUUUUACCCUACAACAAAUGCUACACCCAUUGAACCACUGCCUAGAAUUAAGCUGGCCAUGAGACUGUGUCUUAAGGACGAUGUGUCGGUUCAUGAAUUUGUGAAGUUGUAUAUCAAUUCCAUUGCCCGUGCUUUCAGUCAACACUGGGUAUAUGGUGAUCUACUGUUGAAGGAGCACCUUCAAAGAAUCAGACAGAUUCAUCAAUACUACUCAUUCUAUUGCAGACACCUCCGACUUUCAGGAUAUCCAGCUGAGCUUCUCUCUUCAAGCAUUGAUUCCAAUCUACGAGAGUAUAUACUCAACACUGACUUUUUGAUGAAGUUCAAUAUUUGGACUCAAAGUUAUUUCUUUGAGGAUAUCGAAAUGACUCCAUGUGGUCUGGUACCUGAGGUCAUUAGUACACUUCUGGAGUCACUGUUGAAACAGGUAGUAUAUUCCACAAUCAUCACGGAUGCUAUGUCUAAAAUCAUUGGAUAUGUUCAUCGGGAAUGCAGGCGGCAAUGGUCGAAGCAAUGCCUUCCUCAAAUCACUGAGUUCGUUGUACAUCGACUCUGCCCUAAAAUUUCCACUGUCACUCUCGACGGAAAUUAUGUUGACGAGUUAAUGAAGAUAGCCCAUGAUCAGUUAGUCAAACUUCGGAUUGAAGAGAUUUUUGAUAUUGUUUAUCACCACCCAGGCAGUAUCGUUGCGCUUGAAGAACUUUACAUGUGUCUUCACAUUAAACCGCUUCAUCAUGAUAAUGCCACGGAUGUGAAUAUGCUGACGGUGGCUCACCUUGUGAAUGUUAGCAUAUCAAGUCAGGCAUAUCAGCGUAAUAAGUUGGUUGAAGUAUUCAUCAAUCGAAGUCGCCAAAUGCUAUUACACUCUGGACGACAUACUGUGAGCGUUAUUUUAUUUUACACUCGCACUAUUAAGGCCUUUUUAAUAAUAGAUCCUCGGGGUGUAUUAUUAGACAAGGUGGCAAGACCAAUUCGAAACUAUAUCAAGCUGCGUUCGGACGUUAUCAACAAGUUGGUGCACGGAAUGUUAGAUGAUUCUGGCUCUAACGAUUUGAAAGAACUUGCAAUCGAGUUCCGGAAGGGGCACUCCGCUUUUCAAAACAGUCACGAAACUGAUGAUAUGAAUUGGAACCCGGAUCCAAUUGAUGCACUACCCGAUUUCAAGAAGGGCAAAGUCGCAGAUGUGAUUGAGCUGUUAGUAUCCAUUUUCGACUCCCGGAACACAUUCAUUGACGAGUUUACAGCGUGUUUCUCCUCAAGAUUGUUGUCAAAUUUUGAAUCUCAAAUUGAUGAUACUAUUGCAAAUUUGACUUUAUUGAAAGCACGAUUUGGUCGAGACCUGUUUUCUGAAUUGGAUGUGAUGGUGCGCGACAUUCAAGAAAGUAGUCGUAUCAGUCGCUGGAUCAGUAUGGACGGAUUUCAUGGUUCAGUAUUAUCCGGUCAUUACUGGAAUAAUCUUGAGCUGAACGUAACAUUUACAUUACCAUCAGACUUACUUAAGAGAUUUGAGCUGUACAACGCACAAUACAGUGCACAUCGGCGGGGACGCAAACUCAAACUUAUCCCCCACUUGGGUCAUGUGUCUGUUAAGCUUGUCUUCAAUAAUGGCAUCUCUCAAAAGUUCGAUGUUACUCCAUUACAGGCUACUGUUAUACAGGCAUUUAACGAAGACGCGGAGGAGUUGUCGCCUUCAAUUGUUGCCCAGCGGUGUGGUAUGCUAGAAUAUAAUGCAGCUCAAGCACUUCAAUUUUGGGUCAAAAUGAAGGUCUUGAGGUCACUUCCCAAUGCCAUGUAUGUGGUGAACGAGAACUACGAGCAGAUCGAGCUGCCAGAAGCUCGUGUCAUUUUCCCAUUUGUCCAAACUAUCUUGGAGAACAUCAAAGUCAUAUCUUUUGCCAGACUCAAGCCACUUCUUUCAUUAACUGUUCCAAGGACGGAUCUAGACAUUGGUGAUAUGGACGAUGAUAGAUUACGGACUGUCCUCCGUGAGCUAGUAGAUUUUGGAAGGAUUAGUAUGGAAGGGCUUACUUAUAAACUUUCAAGCUCUUGA